GAAAUUUUCGAGAUUCCUAAAAUUGUAAGAAAUUUAUAUACUCAUACUGUCAUACACAUAUUCUCCCUGAGACCGGUCAUUGAGUUGUGGCUGUGGCAGGUCCUUCUCCGAAACUGGAAAGUUAGCAGAGAAAGAACCUUGCCUUCCUCGUGCCCCCUCUCUCUCACCUACCUCACUUUCAUCUUUCAUUCUUCACAAUCACUUUCCCCUAAUUCCUCUUUACUCCAAUAUUUAAGCCCCCAACCCUUCCUGUUACGUUCCACGCUUUUCUCGUUAGGGUUUGUAUUCUCCAUAACAGUAUCUGAAUAAUUGAACCUGUCGAAGGGAUUUGUGAUUUAAGCAUUGAUGUAUUGGGAGUUAUGAGAAUCUAUUUAGCUUGUAGUUGUGGUGAUCGUUUCCUCGUUGUGUUUGGUAAACCUAGAUUAUUGUGUUGGUAAAAAUAAAAUGCCAUCUAAUUACUUUUCGAGAUUUGGAACUUCGAUUCGUAGAUCAGUUGUGGGGAAAGAAGGUGGAAUCGGGGACUCUGCUGAAGUUCUGAUUGGACAGGGGAAGUUUUGGUUUGGUCGCUCAAAGUUUUUUCAUUCUGUGAAUAACUUAAGUUCUGUGGAUCUGCGGCUAAUUGUGCGCUCUGGUGUUGCCUUAGCUUCAAGCUCGGAAUCGGUUGGCAGGAGAAGAACCUUGUCUGUAGUUGACACGCUAUCUCGUACAUUUUCUGUUCCGUCUGUAUCAGGGCCUUCGUUUCAGGUCUGUGGAUAUCAUAUUGGCUGUGCGCUUGCCGGACCUGACCAGUUUUCGACUGGCACCAAAGUUCGGAUUAAAACAAUGGCCGCUCACAUGUCCAGAGUUGUGGUUGGUGAAUACUAUUUAGAUAACUCACAUUUGAAGUGUAAUCACCAUUUAUUGUCAACAAAGAAUUGCAGUAAUAUCUGUUUAAGCACGAGUUUGAGGAAUGGUGGGAAAGUGAGCAUGAGUUUGAAAAACCAUUGGCAGCCAGAUAACCGCGCAUUUCAUGGCUAUUUUAUUUACAAUGUUGCCAAGACGUGGUGCAGUUCUCACCCUUACAUGCAGUCAGGAUGUGGAGAUUUCCAUAGUUCUUCGACAUCAUGUUACUCUGUUGGGCCUGCUCAUGAUGUGCCUUUUGAUACUUCUGCCCGAGAUGAGCAGCUAACGAAAUCUGCAGAUUCAGCUGAACAGAAAACUCCUUCAGGAAAAGCCCUUAAGUUAAUAUCAGGAUCAUGCUACUUGCCUCAUCCUGAUAAAGAAGAAACUGGUGGAGAAGAUGCUCAUUUUAUAUGCUCUGAGGAACAAGCAAUAGGGGUGGCAGAUGGUGUUGGUGGCUGGGCAGAUCUUGGUGUUAAUGCUGGAUAUUACUCUCGGGAGCUCAUGUCCAAAUCAGUGGACGCUAUUCAGGAGGAGCCCAAAGGUUCAAUUGACCCUGCUAGGGUGCUGGAAAAAGCACACUCAAGCACAAAAGCUAAAGGUUCUUCUACAGCAUGCAUCAUUGCACUUACUGAUCAGGGACUUCAUGCUAUCAAUUUGGGAGACAGUGGGUUUAUGGUGGUACGUGAUGGGUGCACCAUAUUCCGGUCCCCAGUGCAGCAACAUGAUUUCAACUUCACAUACCAGCUGGAAUGUGGUAGCAAUGGUGAUUUACCCAGUUCUGGUCAGGUUUUUACCAUUCCUGUUGCACCUGGCGAUGUGAUAGUUGCUGGCACGGAUGGGCUGUUUGAUAACUUGUACAAUAACGAGAUUACAGCUGUGGUGGUUCAUGCCAUAAGAGCCGGCUUAAGCCCUCAGGUGACAGCCCAGAAGAUAGCUGCAUUGGCUCGUCAACGGGCACUGGAUAAGGACAGGCAGACUCCUUUCUCAACUGCUGCUCAAGAUGCUGGAUUCCGUUACUACGGUGGCAAGCUUGAUGAUACUACAGUUGUAGUUUCAUAUAUUGGCUCUGGAGAUGCUUAAUUUCAUUUUGCUGAAGUCCCCCUGUAUAUACCAUUUUGUCUCGGUGGUGUUGUGUGAUUAAAAGUAAAAAAUUAUGGUCACAUGAUAGCUCCAUUGAAUUUAAAUUUCCGUAGUCCAUGUUAUCCUUGGUUUGUUUGUCCAAACCGAAUAGUUACUACACUGAGAAUAGUAUGUCCAGUUAGAUUUAAAUGUAAAAGGAUAUUUGUUGAGGUUGAGAAAUGAGUACCUUGUCUUAUUUACUUUCAAUGGGUGGAGAUAAAUUCUUGCUGUCAAUGCUGUAAGCAUAAGAAAUAAUAGAUUAUUGUCUUCAUACUUCUCUAUUUAUUACUGACUAGUGUUGUUUUGUUUAUUUUGAUGCCGUAGUCACUUAAUAUUUGCUAUUUUUAUUUAUUUUUCAUCCGCUUCUUUUGAGGACCAGUCCAAUUAUCUCGGAGGUGGAUGGAAGCGGGAGGACAAGCAAGGUGUCGUUAAUAUUAUAAUGUUUUUACUGUAUAUUUUGGCAUUGUUGCGAUAUUGGAACUUCAUUGCACAAUCUGUAACCUUCAUUUCAAUUAAAUUAGAAGAAAAAUUGUAUAAUGUAUAUGUUUUUAACUCACCUUCAUUUUAGCUGUACAUAAAUGACAAGGAUAGUUAUAUUGAAAGUGAUUAAAUCAUUACCGGUCGAU